GUCAGUAGCAGCUCCGUGAUAGACCAAUACCGAUAUUAAUUUAUUUUACACUCACUCGUAAGAAUGAUAAGUAGAGUUGUAAUUUUGUUGUUAUUUUGGUGUUCAUUCCAUGAAACUUUAGCACAAAAUGUCGUAUGCUACUAUGACAGCACCGCCGCUACUUUGAGCGAACCUUUAACACCAGACAGUUUGAGUGUGGCAAAUUGUACACAUUACACAUACAUUGGUCUUGGUUUGACUGCAAAUGGAGAUUUAAGAUCGAUUCAUGACAGCUACGACAAAACCAAUGGCUUUACUGCAUUUCAAAAUCUAAGAGCAAAUAAUUCGAAGUUAUUAAUCCUGCUUGGUGGCAUUUAUGAAAGCAGCACAACGUUCUCAAAUGUUAUUGGAUCUUAUCCGGAUACACUUAUCAAUAACAUUGCGAUAUUUUUGAAUCGUUACAACUUCGAUGGUAUCGACAUCGAUUGGCGGUAUCCGGCGAGUCGUGGAGGAAAAGCAUCGGAUAAAGCCAAUUUUCAGAAGUUUCUCAUACGACUACGGGCUAGAUUGAACAUGAUAAACAAACUGCUUGUUGUAUCUGUUUCACCGAACAAGAGCGUUUUCACUGGAGCAUAUGACAGUACAACGUUGAGCUUAUACGCAGAUAUGAUCAACGUUUAUGCGUUCAAUUUCACCGAAACAGUAGAAACCAAAACAGCCAAUUUAGCUCCCAUGUACUCCAAUUCGGCGAAUUUGAUUAGCGUGAAUUCAUCUAUUGUUGAUUGGCUAUCCACCAAAGUCCGAAAAAGUAAAAUAAACAUCGUCGUCGCAUCUUAUGCUCGAAGCUACACUCUAACCAGUGCCACCAGAAAUACACUGGGAGCUUCGAUUCGUGGUCCUGGAACGCAGGGUGCGAUUACCAGACAGGCUGGUUAUUUGGCACAGUACGAGUUCUGCUCGUUGCGUAGCAAUUAUGUCAACACGACGGAUGCUGUAACGCAAACAAUAUACUAUACCAAAGAUUCGAGCUGGAUUAGUACGGAAACGGCUGACACUCUGAUACAGAAGCUCACCUACGUACUGGACAACACCCUUGGCGGAAUUGCUAUUUAUACACUCGACUGGGAUGAUUGGAGCAACGGAUGUGGGGAAGGUGAAUUUCCGGUUGCGGCUCUGGCACAGCAAUAUUUCAAUUCCGGCAGCAGUAGUCCAUAAAUUUGCUAAUGUGUAUGGCGCACACUGAGCUUUUUAUGUGACUUUCCUUGGCGCACUUCUCCAUUUCGUUCGUUAGAUAACCAGUGAAAUAAAAAUAAUUGUGUAUCCAGACAUGUGCAUAACUUAUUCAUUUUUGAUAUGCGAAGCGAGUCAAAGCUGGUAGAGUCACCUCGUCAGUUCAUUCUAGUAAUCGUUGUCCCAUAUGUCAAUCCAUAAAAUCCAUCCAUCGUUAGCACUCGUUUGCAUGGUUUUAAUUAACAAGCUUACGUUGCUUCUGGAUGUUCAUAUCCCAACCAAUCAAAGCUGUGGCACACCUAAAAAUAAUCAA